AUGGUGCUGAUAUUUUUAUAUGUGUUUUCCUUCGCGUUGGUUAACACCAUGCUAACUUUCAAAACAAAUGAACAGACGAGUUUUGAUGUGUCAACUCAAUCAAGCGUCGCAUUAUCAUAUCAAAGCAAUACACCAUCGAUUUCUGAUAUGCAUGAAAUGAAAAUUACAUAUUUAACUAAUACAACUAGACUAGCAAUAGGAAAAGCUGCUACUACUACUACGUAUUAUCAUAAUAGAACUACAGGUUCACCAUCAUCAUCAUCACUUUCGGGCGGUGCUAUUACUGGUAUCGCAAUUGGUGUGCUUGUUCUUCUCUGUUGUGUUGGUAUGUGUUGUAAAAAGUCUGGCCAUUGGGAAAAUGCCAAGGUUUGGGUCGAAGAUUAA